AUGAUACAUUUCUCAGACCUGUGCUUUGCCGUGGGUCUGAUAAGCGCUGCAGGUGUCGUGGCUGAAUUCCACAAUUGUCCAUCGAGGUCACCAGCCGCAAAAACAGCAAAUGGCACAGUCUGCGGUGUUCAUCUGCCGUCAUUUCCCCAGAAUGCCUUCCUAGGGGUCCCUUUUGCCCAACCUCCAUUAGAAAGUCUCCGCCUCAAGCACCCAGUGUCGCUCAACUCAAGCUACGACUCCUACGCUGCAGAUGCCCAACCGCCCAGUUGUCCAGGCUAUGCCGUAUUCGAGGUUGGGAUCGGACCUUGGAGUGAGGAUUGUCUUUAUCUGAAUAUUAUCGCGCCGGAUACCCACUAUUAUGGUGUAGGACUGCCAGUUCUUGUGUGGAUCUACGGAGGUAGAUUUGAUGCCGGCGGAGUUGCUGAUCCACGCUACAAUAUGUCUUAUCUUGUCCAGGAAGCUUCUCACAUUGGAAAACCCGUCUCGGGCGUCAGCAUCCACUACCGUGUCGGAGGAUGGGGGUUCCUAGCUUCGAAAGAGAUCCUAGCUGACGAAUCAGCUAACAUCGGCCUCUACGAUCAACGAAUGGCCUUGCAGUGGCUCCGUGAGAACAUUGCAGGCUUCGGCGGUGAUCUGGAUCAGAUCACCAUCUGGGGUGAGAGUGCUGGUGCAUUCAGCGUUGGGUACCACUUGAUCGGGUUUGAUAGCCAGCACGAUGAUCUGUUUUGCGCAGCCAUUCUUGAAAGUGGCACGAUGCUUGGAUCAGCUUUACAGGAUGCGGAAACCAUGGCUCUAGAAGACGGGUACCAGGCUAUAUAUGACAAUGUCACGGAGACAGUCGGUUGCGCCACUGAGGACUCGCUAGCUUGCCUCCGGGGCGUGCCGUUCGAGACACUGCUUAGUGAAUUUGAGCCGCAGGUAUACUCACCUAUUAUCGAUGGCUACUUUAUCAGGCGCAGACCAAGUGAGAGUCUUGCACUGGGCAAAGUGGCCGAAGUUGCAGUCCUGCUCGGUGCCAACACAGAUGAAGGAACAGCGAGCUUCUGGGGUCCCCGGGGUACUUUGAACAAUACUGAAGAGGUGGCGACUUAUGUCCAGAGCCUGAAUGGCGGAGGACUCAACGGUUCCGAUGUGAAAGAACUGCUGCAACUGUAUCCAGAUGAUCCUAAGGAAGGCUGUCCGUAUGGGACCGGUGAAGAACGCUUUGCCGAUCAAGGGUGGAUGUAUAAACGAGGUGCUUCUAUUGCCGGAGACAUCCUCAUCCAUGCAGGCAGGCGAGCAGUUGCCGAAUACUUUCCUCGAAGUCUGCAGACCACACAACCCUGUUUAUAG